UUACAAAAACAAAUGCGAUUUGUAAUGCAAACUGAACUGUAAACUGAACAUAUGUGAUGUGGUGCCUUGAUUUAUGUUGAAUGUGCUCGCAACCCCAAUCAUUUGGAUCUCAAAUCAAGGUUCAUUAUUGACAUGAAAAGAAAGGUUAUUAAUUGGUGCCAGCGCCUCAAAACACUGACAGAGUACACCAGAAAGGGAGCUGCAAUUUGUCUCACUUCCCAAGAAACUUAAAACUUAUGUAACACUUGUUCCUUAGAACUUCACACCGGCAAACAGUUAAUUAUUGAUUUGAUCUAAUGGAUUCUCUAUUCAUUGAAUUCAAUAUCUUCCACUGAAACAUUUUGAUUGUAAAUGUACUGGGAGACGCCAGUGUGCCGUUGUGUGCAUUCUGGAGUGGCUUUUUGAGGGCAUUUUCGAGCACCGGGGCCCUGCACACCUGCAUGUGUACGUGUAGUUGUACAUAUUUUUGUGUGAUGCCACUUUGCACAGACAAAUACAAAAAUGUGCUGCAUCAGCAAGUGAAAGGUCAGCAAUCGCAGAGCCUAUGGAACUCAUACCCGUGCACGAUAGGUAGGCCGCUCGUAGGCUUUCUAACGAGAGAGAGGUGAAGUCAACUGUGGUUGAGACCACGAUUGAUUGAGGUCUGUGAGUCUUACGAGGGGAAAAAAACAGGUGGAGCAGCAACGCAAAGUAUGAGUGAACCAGAGAGCAUUCAUAAUGGCCAAAGUCUCAGAAGCACAAGAUAUCAAGAAUCAUUCCAUGCUGAUGGAUUAUUUCUGGCGAAUUUUGCACUCUUUGUUAGUCAGCUGCUAAGCGAUGGAAGACUCUUUGAAUCGCAGGAAUCGGCAUGAUUCUUUCUUUGUGGAUUUCUGUGAAACUUGAGCACUGUGUCGUGAACUGGUGAUCAUGGAUUCAUCAAUAGCUGUCUUUGGCAAUACAUGACAGUGAGCAAAAGGAGAGACUGCCUCCCUGUGGCUCCGAGGGUCACCGCUGUUUACAACACAGCAUAAGUUUCAUAAUAUUCACAUACAUUUAAUUUCUAAAACAGACCUAAGGACCAAGUUAUUCAUAUCAGGGAAGAUUUUAAAAAUGGUAUCAGUUAAAAAAAAACAUUGGCAGAGAUUUGUAGAGGUGUUACAUAUUGAUAUUCAGCCAUUUCCUAACUACUGAGAAUUAACAUGAUCAGUGUCUCUGCAUCAAUGAAUUCAUUAUUAAUAUAACAGUAAGGCAAUUUGGGCAAAUUUGUUAUUUCAUAAGUGUGUAUUGAACCCCUAGCCCUUUGCAUUAAUCAGUACCCAGGAAGUCAAGCUAAGCUUCAAAAAGGUUGGUGACCUCUGUGCUCGAGGUUGCCGGGAUGACUGAGUCAUCAUUUUCACUGUAACUGCCAAAUGCAAAGUCUCGGCAUUUCCAUAAAGGUGCUUCACUUUAUUUGCAGGUUGGUAUUUUCAGACGUGUUCAUUUGUCAAACACUGAAAAUGAAUUCAGGUGGGUGCUCCCCUGUUUCUUCUCACACAAAUAAAUCUGACUCUUGAACCUGCAUGUAUUUAAACUGAAACUUGUCAUCUAAUCGGAGAAGGGGGUUCCCUGAUUAGGAGACAAAUUGAAAGAAUCAAGUAGAACGUUGAGAAAUAUUGAAGUCGUGUCGUUUUAAACAUCUGAGUUGAUUUUCAAAAUUCUUUCUGCCUUGUACUCAGGUUUAAGUUUCCAACCAAACUUUGCAUUUUGAUGGCUUUUCAUUUUCCUGUCAAAUGUUCUUGGCCUUAGUUUGGGGAUCUUCCAGGGUCAAGACCUACAACGCAUGGAACAUGAUGAGGGGGGCGCUGACGUGCCCUUGAGCAAGGCCGUCGGUGAUUCUUACUGUGAUUAUGUACACUGAAUGGUAGCUAUGAGACAUACUGGCAACUGUUAAUUUGUGUAUUGAGUCACUUAAUUAAUUGAAGCUGCUUUAGGAAAACCAGGAGUUAAGUGUCCCUCCGGUGGAUUCGUGAUGAUUACCAUAAUGUUACUCCAAUGUUUCCCUGCUGUUCCACUAACUCACGAGAUUUUCCUUCAUCAGGCUACGUAGUUGCCCCCUCUGCCGCCAACAACAACCCUUCCCCCAUUUUAGUGUCAGGCGGCGAUAAAGAGAUGGACUUCUUCCGCGCCGAGCAGGCUUUCAGGGGAGGGCGAGGGUGUGUGAGCGAAACAUUUUGUUAGAAUAACACCAAAACGAAACGAACACUUAAGCAAACAAACGUCGACGUCAAGUUGGCUUUUAGGGAUUAGCUAGCCUUCUCGCGCAGAUUCGGCAGCCAUGUUUUACGUCUAAAAAUUUUAAGUGUCCAUCCGCAGCUCGAUUAAUACUCAAGCGUUACUUAUUAACGAGUUAAACGUCGUCUCGAUGUUAGGUAUCGACCACUUUCAAGUAACGAACAAAUUCUCGCUUCCUCAAGUAGGUUGCCAUUACAAGCUCCCCUCCACAGUAGCCUGUGCGUGAAACACACCUCUGAUAUCCCUCCGCCGAGGGCUCGCAUUUUCCCCUUUGAAGGGGGGAGGGGGAUCUGGAUAAAAACACCCACGUAUUUACGACGGUGUUUGGCGACAAAACCCACCGCGGGGCACUAGAAUCGUCACCGCGCGGAGGAGCACUGUGAGCUGAGUCGAGCCGGGACUGUUUUCAAGCGCCUGAAUGGAGGCAGCCUCUUCCUGGUGGAUAAACAGUGACAGCUACAGGGCAGCCACCGACACCCAGCGGCCCGUCUCCGGCGCUGCCCCCGCCGAAGCACGCCGAAAACAUGGCUUCAGACAGGCCACACAUCGCGCAGUUGACUUCUGAGCUCUACUUCCUAAUCGCCCGCUUUCUCGAAGCCGGACCGUGCCAAGAAGCAGCCGAGACGCUGAUCAAGGAGGUGGAGGAUAAGGAGCUGCUGCCAAGGAGGUUGGACUGGACCGGGCAGGAACACCCCGGGACGUAUGACAAUUUGGUGAAGCUGUACCGCCACAUCAGUCCCGAGCACCUGCUGCACGUGUGCUCCAGGGUGUGUCCUCUACUGGAGCGCGAUGUCCCAGCCAGUGUGCCGGGUCUCACUAGCCUGCUGGGGGCCGGCCGACAAAAUCUCCUUCGGACCAGCAAAAGUUGUAAGCAUGUGGUGUGGAAGGGUUCGGCGCUGGCGGCGCUCCACUGCGGACGACCACCAGAGCCUCCUAUCAUCUAUGGGAGCCCAGCUAACAUCGUGGAGACCAGCCACGGCCGGCGCCUGAACGGUUCUUACCGCCUGCGCCAGCUGGUGCCCACCGCAGUGUAUCAGCACAUGAAGAUGCAUAAGAGAAUUUUGGGACACCUUUCCUCAGUCUACUGCGUUACCUUCGACAGGACUGGACGACGCAUAUUCACCGGUUCCGAUGACUGCUUGGUGAAGAUAUGGAGCACGGACAACGGGUGUCUCCUGGCAACGUUGCGUGGGCACGCUGCCGAGAUCUCCGACAUGGCGGUGAGCUACGAGAACACCAUGAUCGCCGCCGGCUCCUGCGACAAGGCCAUCCGCGUGUGGUGCUUGCAGACGUGCGCCCCGCUAGCUGUGCUGGAGGGCCACGCCGCCUCUAUCACUUCUCUUCAGUUUUCUCCUCUGUGUUGCGGCUCCAAGCGCUACCUGUCCUCCACGGGUGCUGACGGCACCAUCUGUUUCUGGCAGUGGGACGCACGCACACUCAAGUUCGGUCAGAGGCCAAGUAAGUUCACUGAGCGUUCCAGACCGGGUGUCCAGAUGAUGUGCUCCUCCUUCAGCGCAGGUGGAAUGUUUCUGGCUACGGGAAGCACGGAUCACAUCAUCAGAGUGUAUUACUUUGGCUCAGGACAACCGGAGAAGAUCUCGGAACUGGAGUCGCAUACGGACAAAGUUGACAGCAUCCAGUUCUCACACUGCAGCGAUCGGUUUGUGAGUGGCAGCAGGGACGGCACGGCGCGCAUCUGGCAGCUGCAGCCUCAAGGCUGGAGGAGCAUCCUGCUGGACAUGCAGACUAAAUUACCAGGGAAGUACAACCCACCACCACUAGAAGACAAGGUGACCAAGCUAAAGGUCACCAUGGUGGCGUGGGAUUGCCACGACAGCACGGUGAUAACAGCAGCCAACAACCUGACUCUGAAGGUCUGGAAUUCCAUCACUGGGAACCUGGUUCACGUCCUGAUGGGUCACGAGGACGAGGUGUUUGUACUGGAGCCGCACCCCUUCGAUCCCCGAAUCCUAUUCUCGGCGGGGCACGACGGCAAUUGUAUCGUGUGGGACCUGGCCAGAGGCGUCAAGAUCCGAUCCUACUUCAACAUGAUCGAAGGUCAAGGGCACGGGGCGUUGUUUGACUGCAAGUGUAGUCCGGAUGGGCAACAUUUUGCCGCCACCGACUCCCAUGGUCACCUGCUGAUCUUUGGCUUCGGCUCCAGCGGGAAGUAUGAUAUGAUCGCCGACCAGAUGUUCUUCCACACCGACUACCGGCCGCUAAUCCGCGACGCCAACAACUACGUGCUGGACGAGCAGACCCAGCAGGCGCCUCACCUCAUGCCACCCCCCUUCCUGGUGGACGUGGACGGCAACCCCCAUCCGCCCCGAUACCAGCGGCUGGUCCCCGGCCGGGAGGGCUGCCGGGACGAGCAGCUAAUCCCGCAGAUGGGUGUCACCUCCUCGGGCUUAAACCAAGUGGUCAGCGAGCAGGCGGUGGAUGGCUCCAGUCCUCUGGAUACCAUGAUCCAGAGAUUACAACAGGAACAGGACCAGAGGCGGGGCUCCAAUGAGACACCUGCUGCUACCGGUCCUGGCGCCGCUGCUGCUCUUACCGCAAGCUCCCGAGUCAGCAGAGGGUCUGUGAGUUCUCCGACAGAGGUGCAUUCGCCACCCAACGUGGGCCUCCGUCGCAGCGGGCAGAUCGAGGGUGUGCGGCAGAUGCACAGCAACGCCCCGCGUAGCCAGAUGGCCACCGAGGGAGACUUGGUGGCCUGGAGCCGCCGGGUGCUGGUGCCUGAGCUGGAGGACGCUUCCGUCAGGAAACAGGUGAACUGGCGAGAGGCUAAAGGGGAGGAGGAGAUCAACAUUUACCAGUCGGAACGCCGGAGACGCACCAUCCACUCCCUGCCCAAGGAGAGCAGAGUUCAUCCAACUUCAGAGAGCGUGUCUGACGAGGGGAGGCGCAGUCAGGGUAACCAUGGUUACCAGACCCGGGCAGCCGUGGAGGAGACGAGCCGCCAGAGUGCCGAGGUGGCUGACGAUGACGACAGCAACUCCGAGGGCGAGACAGAGGUGCGGCAGAUCAAUGGGCACUCGUCAGAGGAGGAGAAGGAAGAGGAGCAAAAAGAACCAUGGCCGGAUGAUCACAGCAGUUCGAGCGACUACUCCAGCGACUACUCGGAUUGGACGGCUGACGCGGGGAUCAACUUGGAGCCGCCCAAGAAAAGCGUGAAGGUGAAGAAGAAGAGCAGCAGCUCUGAAGAGGACAGCGACAAGAAGCGUGACCCCAAGAAAGAACGCAAGAAGGACAAAGCCGACAAAGAUGGCGCGCUACCAAAGAAAAAGACGCCAAAAGAGAAAAGGAAGAGGGCAGAGCUUCAGGAGCAAGGGCUAACUUUGGAGGAGUGGCUUCCCUCUUCCUGGAUCACGGACCUGCUUCCCAGAAGAUGUCCUUAUAUUCCACAGAUGGGAGACGAGUUGUACUACUUCCGUCAGGGCCACGAGGCAUACGUGGAGAUGGCCAAACAAAAAAAGAUUUACAGCAUCAACCCUAAGAAGCAACCUUGGCACAAGAUGGAGCUACGGGAGCAGGAACUGAUGAAGAUUGUGGGGAUUAAGUAUGAGGUGGGCUUGCCCACAUUAUGCUGCCUCAAGUUGGCCUUCCUAGACCCGGACACCGGCAAACUGACUGGAGGAUCCUUCUCAAUGAAGUACCACGACAUGCCGGACGUCAUCGACUUCCUGGUGCUCCGGCAGCAGUUUGACAAUGCCAGAAAGAGGCAGUGGAGUAUUGGUGAUAGGUUUCGCUCUGUGAUCGACGACGCCUGGUGGUUCGGCACCAUCGAGAGUCACGAGCCGUUCCAGCUGCAGUACCCGGACAGCCUGUUUCUGUGCUACAAUGUCUGCUGGGAUAAUGGCGACACGGAGAAGAUGAGUCCCUGGGAUAUGGAGCUCAUUCCUGAUGAGGCGUCCUUCCCGGAUGAAUUGGGCACAAGUGUUCCGCUCACGGAGGAGGAGCAUCGCGAUCUCCUGUACGUGCCGUUGGACGGCGAAUGGGGCUGCCGCACUCGCGCCGACGAGUGCGAGCGGAUCAUCAGCGCCAUCGACCAGCUCUGCACCCUGGACAUAGCGGCGCCUUUUGCUUUCCCGGUGGACCUUCAAGCCUACCCCACCUACUGCACGGUGGUGGCUUAUGUCACAGACCUCAGCACCAUACGCCAAAGGCUGGUCAACCGCUUUUACAGGCGUCUGUCGUCUUUGAUGUGGGAAGUUCGUUACGUGGAGCACAACGCGCAGACGUUUAACGAGCCGGGCUCCUUCAUCGUCACCACGGCCAAGUUUGUCUCCGACCUCAUGCUGCAGUUCAUCAAGGACCAAAGUGUGACAGACCUAAUGCCACUCUACAAAACCCUGAAGAAGGCCACCUUCUCGGACUCUGAAGACGAGGAGGAGGAUGAGGAAGACGAGGACACCAGUAUGCCAGGAACCUCCACGCAAAACCAGAAGGAGCGGCGUCUAACACGGCAGCGACUGCGCACGCGACCACCUUCGUACGACCCUCAAGCGUGGCGAGGGCGCUGCAAGGAGCUACUGGACCUCAUCUUCCAGUGCGAGGACUCCGAGCCCUUCCGAGAACCCGUAGACCUGCAGGAGUAUCCGGAUUACCUCCAGAUUGUCGACUCGCCAAUGGACUUUGGCACUGUCCUCAACAUGCUGACUACAGACAAGUACCAGACGCCCAUCCAGCUCUGCAAGGAUGUGCGCCUCAUCUUCAGCAACUCCAAAGCGUACACGCCCAGUAAGAAGUCCAGGAUCUACAGCAUGAGUCUGAGGCUGUCUGCACUCUUCGAGGAGCACAUGAGCUCCAUCCUUGCUGAUUACCAGGCCAUCCACGGCCUGACGGACAAGCUGACCCGACGGACUGCCGAGCGCCAUGCCCAACAUUCAACCCCCGACCAGCGACCCACGCGGCACAACGUGAAGAGACGUCGCCGCAGCGAGUCUCCUCCCAGCAGCGCGGCUUCCAGCCCAGAGAGGAAGAGGCGCGUCUCGUCCCGAGUGACCAGCAGGCGUGAGCCUUCGCCACCUCCCUCACGGCCCCCCUCCUUGAGACAGAACCUCCCCCCAAAGUACACGCCGCCGCUGCUUAACGGGAAGAUGGACACGCCAGCAGCGGGACGCACGCGCAGCGCCGCAAGACACAUUGCACACUCGCCGCCCCCCUCAGCGUCUACGAACAUUUCCAGCGCCACAGAGUCGACCCGCUCGCUGAGAACGCACAAUUAUGUCUCUGCUUCCACGCCGCCUGCAGCAGCUGAGAGGACGACACCGUCUUCGGCUGGAGAAGGUGGCGUGACCGGAAGCACUCGGCGGAAACCAAGGACACCUGUAAGACGUGAAUCAGGGUCUCCUGAAAGCCUCCCCUCCCAGAGCACAGCCCUCCUGAAUGGCCACGGCGGUCACAUGACGGCUGGAGUGGGAAGGAGGGGUCGCAAAUCCCGAGCGGACCCGCCAGCAGACCCGGCGACUCCGACCAGCCCCUCCAGGAGGCGCGGUCGACCCCCGGGCAAGAAACGAGGCAGGAGGAGCAAAGACGACCAUGCCAGCCCCACCCCUGAUGAUGAGCUUGACCAAUCCACUGGCGACGAGGGCGGCGCGUCAACAGCGGCCACGUCAGACUCUGGCACGCCGAGAAAGAGGGGCCGGCCACGGUCCCUCAGAACUGAGGAGAUGACACCGCCCCCACCUCUCCCUACUCCUCCUCCGCUUUCUCCGCCUCCUCCUACCACCUCGGAGACACCUGAGCCUUUGCCGCUGAGGAGGAGCAGCCGCAGAGCGCACGAGGACGUUAUGUCCAUGCCACGGACGCAAAGAGGCACUCGGAGGGAUGGGGCUGCGGAUCACCAGGAGGAGGAAGAUGAGGAGGAGGAUGAGGCGGUGGGCUCGAUGCGCACCCGUAACCAGGGGCGACGCUCAGCCUGGUAUGUCGAGGAUGACUCGGAGGAGGAGCAGAGGCAACUGCUCUUUGAGGACUCCUCCAUCACCUUCGGAACCUCUUCCAAGGGACGCGUACGCAAGCUGACAGAGAAGGCCAAGGCCAACCUGAUUGGCUGGUAGCCCGACAUAGACAUUCGUGCGCGCGCACACACACGCAAGCCCCUUUCACACUACCCAUCACAGCCUGCUGAUUUCUGUGGGCUUGAAAAAGCUUUGGAUAAAAAUAACAUUUUCUGAAAAGACUCAAAAGUAGCGGUUUUACUUUUGGGGAUUUUUCCCACCAUAUUCUGAUCUUUUUUUUCUCUCUCUUCCAAGAGGAAGGCUGAAAUUUUUAAAUUUUCAUCACGGAAACGCUUUUUUUUUUGUCAUGCAGCAAUUUUGCGGAAAUGCUGUGCAAGGGGCCACACACACACACACACACACACGCUCUCAUUGGCCCAGCUGCUGCUAAUCCAAGCUGUGCCCCCCUGCCCUCCUUCCUCCUCCUCAAGUAUUGGUCCAUGUUGGACCCCACACUUUCUCCCUUGUCUUCGUACUUGAAAGAAAAGCCGCAGGAGGAGUGCUUGCUUUACAGAACUGUACUGUCGUCAGUGGAUGGGCGGGGGUCAAAAACUCCCACUUGAGCCCAGAACGUUUCCCCUGUCCCAGAACAUUUUUAUAAAUCCCCCUGACUGCUUUUUUCUUUUUCUAACAUUUGUACAUGAUGCUUCGCCCUCUGCUGGAAGUCUUAUGUGUUGCUGUCCAAUGAAAAGCAUGACACUUCCUGUUUGUGCCCAAAAAUUAUACACACUUUUUUCUUGGACUUUUUUGCCAAUUUCUUUUUUUUUUUAUAACGAUACUUGUAAAACUUUUGGUGAUGCAUUGCUUUACAGUGGACAACAACAAAAUUGAAAUGUGUGUGAGUCUGCUCAGAAAAAAAUGAGUGUUUGCUGUCCAGUGAAAAUUAGGUACCGUAUUUACAAAGUUGGUAAUUUAAAUUUGUAGCCCCUUCCACAAACUAUUUUAAUCAUGAAUUUGUUUGAUUGCAUUUUGUUUGUGAAAGGAAAUUUGUGGCGAUGCAUGUAGUAUGUGUGCGUGUUGUCGUCCAAUGAAAAACUUGUAUCGUGACAAAAUUUUAUUGACUAUUUUCAAUUUGUCAAGAAAUUACAAUAUUUCACUUGUCAUUUUGCUAUUAUCAGUAUGAAUAAUUGGCGAAAAGUCAUCUACUUUUUUUUGUUUCAUAGCAAAAAUACUUUUUUAAAUCACAAAAACGUUUUGUUAGUAAUCGUUUUUCAUGAAUCACAGAAAAACCUUUGGAGAUCGUUGCUUUUCAGUGGACAACAACAUCACCAUCAUGUGUAUGGGUCCCUGCCAAAUGGGGAACAAAAAUGCUUGCAUUAAAAAAAAACAAAAAACAAAACUUCAUAACCAAAAUUUUGGAACGUUUUCUCUGCCAUUCUGGAAAGGAAAACAACAUGGCCAAAUUUGGAGAAUUUUUGCUUUUCUACAAAAAACACAAUGUGUGUGUUUGUGUGUGUAUAAUAUAUAUAUAAUAUAUAUAUAUAUAUAAUCUCACACACACACUCUUUUCCUUAGAUAAUUGGAUGCGUGUGCUGAAAUACCAAAUGUUGUACUGUUGGUCCCGAAGGGUUAUAUUAUGUUUUGUUGCGUGUCAACAUGGACGAUAAGAGCUCAUGUGUAGGUCCUACUGCAUUAGCAAUGUGCCUUUAAGUCUUUGAUGCGUAUGUAUGUGUUUGUGAGAGAGACACACGAACAAAAGUUGUGUAUUUAUUAGAUCAUGUGACUUAUAUCACGUAACCAACGCUAUAGCCACAUGCACUUAUUCCCCACACAGCUUCAUCGCAAUGUGCUUUUUACUGUAUUUUUUUCAGUGUUGUGACCACACACACACACACACACCACAUCCUUUUAAAGCAAAUUCUGUCAAAUUGGCGAGUGUCAUAGUCGUGGUCUGUGCUGGUGUGUCUUGAUAAAUCCUAUCGGGACCUUUUUAAGAGGUCGUUUCGCUUCCAGGACCAGGCCAGGCUGGAUUCUCAUCAAACAAAAUGUCCGUCCUCCUCUUCCAUUCUCUAACGUUAACUCCAUGGAUUAUUUGUGUACUGCGUCAGAUAAUUGAUAUUUUGGACACACUUGUACUUUGAAUGUGACUUUGACAUUUUGAUUGACUGGCCCUGAAAGUACGUUGUUUCAUGCAUGUUGUGGUCCAAAGUGUCACACAUUACAUUACACAUUCAGUGGAACCUCUAAAA